AUGAAGCUCAUCCUCGCAGCCUUUGUCGCACUACUCCCUCCCGGCACCCUCGCCGGCGCGCCGGCACCCUCACCCUCGCCGCCGGCCUCGCCGCCCUUCCCCCCGGGAGUUGCACCCCUCCCACCGCCACCAUCUCCACCGGGCACCUUUGCCAACAAGCCCGCCCUGCAGACCGCGGCCGACCUGUGGUGCAGCAACGAGGCGGCCGCCCUGGCUGCGUAUGGCAACAUCUCGGACUGGGACGUGAGCCGCAUCACCGACAUGAGCUGGCUGUUCCGCGCCGGCUACGGCUCCACGACCGGCAAGAGCACGUGCAACCCCGACAUCGGGGCGUGGGACACGUCUGCGGUUCUCGACAUGAGCGGCAUGUUCUCCGGCGCCACCUCCUUUGACAAGGACAUCUCAUCGUGGGACACGUCUGCGGUUCUCUACAUGGGCUACAUGUUCUACAACGCCUCCUCCUUCGACAAGGACAUCUCGUCGUGGGACACGUCUGCGGUCCUCUACAUGGACUACAUGUUCUACAACGCCUCCUCCUUCGACAAGGACAUCUCGUCGUGGGACGUGUCGAAAGUCCUCUCCAUGAACGCCAUGUUCCGCGGCGCCUCCGCCUUCGACAAGGACCUCAGCUCGUGGGACACGUCUGCUGUUCUCUACAUGAGCGGCAUGUUCUCCGGCGCCACCUCCUUCGACAAGGACAUCUCGUCGUGGGACGUGUCGGCUGUCGUCUACAUGGACGCCAUGUUCGACGGCGCCUCCUCCCUCAGCGACUGCAACAAGGCGCUCAUCCACGCCAGCUUCGACGCACAGACGAGCGCGUGGCCCUACUUGUGGGGCUCGCUGGAGUGCUGCUUCGUCAUGCCCGCAUUGCCCCCCGGGGUCUGCGGCGACGGCACAGCCCUCGACCCGACGGGGUUUUGCGAGGUCGUGCUCGGGAGCGCCACCGAGGUGCUCGACGGCAAAGUCGAGGUCGUGCUCGGGAGCGCCACCGAGGUGUUCGACGGCAAGGUCGAGGUCGUGCUUGGCAGCGCCACCGAGGUGGUCGACGGCAAGGUCGAGAUUGCGUGCUCCGACAACCGCCGCCUAGAGGAGGCGCAAGAGGAGGGCGAGGAGGCGGCGGCGGCGUCAAUCGUCGACGGCCUCCUCGCGCGGCACCCGGACUUCGUCGCCAAGCUGCGGCGCGCAAACCUCGACGAGGAGGCAAUCAAGAUCAUGCUCGAGCUCGGGCAGGAUUUUCGGCUGCCGGCGCUCGCUUAA